AUGUCAGUGUCUUUUGCUCCAGAAUGUACACCAGCCAAAAAAGAAUAUGACGAGUGCUUUAACAAGUGGUACACUGAGAAGUUUCUUAAGGGCAAAUCGGUUGAGAAUGAGUGUACAGAGUUUUGGGAUAGCUAUGUUACUUGUAUAAAUGCUAAUUUGGCAAAACAGGGUAUAAAACCAAUGUUGGAUAAGGCUAGAGAGGAGCAACCUUUUACACAUGAAGAGAUGCAGGAGUCGCUAAAAGAUCCAGAAAAGCAAUAA